CCCCAAGGAUAUCGGGUGACGUGUAAGAAGAACAGGAUGAGGAUCUUACAAGUGCUGAUUGUAUUGUGCAUGACUGUGCCGCUGUUUCUUUACUAUGUCUACAUUCACGUGGGUGGAGUACGGGUUGAACCAGUCAGAUACACGUAUUCUAGCUCUUUGCUCCUAGGACAGACUAAUGCAGAAAAAAACAAAAUAUCUGAAGAGAAAAAAGUUGUUCUGCCAGAUCCACAAACACCGAAAAAAAACAACGUCAAGUUCGACAGAAAGAUCAUCCCUGCUGAAUCAUUCUUCUAUAAUUCAGUCUUCCCGGGGGGUAACGCUUCCCGAAGUCUCAGUCCCUGUGGCCAACACGGUAUUAACUCAGGAUGUUAUGACAAAAGUAAAGCAUCAAACAGGGUUACUGUAUCCUGACUGGUGGCAGGCCGCCUACCUGCGCUCGGCUGUUUCUGGUCUUGGUGACGAGUUCGUCGGAGACCGUCCGUUGUUUCCACCCUGUGUGGCUUCUUCUAGCAGCAGGGGUUUCUAUUCAAUGGUGCAGCCAAAGCGCUACAUUUCCCAAGCGAAAAACCCUUGCUGGUUCGAAACCAAAGCGGACAAGACAAUCCUCUACUGCAUCCCCUACUUCUACGUGGCGGGUGUGGCCAAGUGCGGUACGUCGGACCUGUACCGCCGCAUCCGACUGCAUCCUGACGUCAUGCGGGGGACAAUGAAGGAGUACCACUGGUGGGACCGCAGCCGCUUCGAUGACCCCGAGAUGAACAGAGAUGGAUUACCAUUCAAGGACUAUAGCAUGAUGGUCACUGGUGAUGUCGGCAUCGAUGUUGUCUUCAAUGAGCUCAAAACCAAUGGAACGUCUGUUAAAAUAUUUGGUGAUGGCUACCAUCAUACUUCUGGGAUCUUCACAACUGGCCUUUGCUAGAUGGUAACCAGGGUUGUCUGGAGCCUCGGGUUGUCAUUGGCCAACAUAUUCUCCACCUAUACCCCAACGCUAAGAUGAUCCUCACGUUUCGACACCCGAGAACGAGACUGUACUCCUCGCUUUCUGUCCCGUGUACCCCGGGUAGCGGACUUCAAAGGCGCCACAGCGGCCACUUUCCACGAACUGGUGGUGCGAGCCACGAGGCUGUAUCGCCGGUGCUUCGAGCAGUGGUCCAUUCGCCACUGCGCCUACAACCUUACGCUCUUCGACGAAGCUAUCACACGACUGAUGGAAGGCAUGUAUCCGGUCUUCAUGGCCGACUGGCUGAGGAUCUUCCCCAGGCAGCAGAUGCACAUCAUACGGUACGAGGACUACGCCAAGGAUUUGGAAGGAGAAAUAACAAAAGUUUUCAAGUUUCUCGAUUUAGCCCCACUGUCUGCCAGAGAAAUGGCCCCCAUCAUAGAGCGAGUGAAGGUCAACGUCGGAGACAUGUACGAGAAGAUCGGCCCAUGCUGCCAGAGACUGCAGCCUAUAUUGGACGAGUUUUACCAGCCCUUCAUGACCAAACUCGCCGAAAUACUCUAUGAUGAGCGGUUUUUGUGGAAGGACAUUCAGUUGCCAUAGCGUGAAGCAAAAUGUUGGAUUCGCCCACGAAAAUACAGGGACCUCCUAUUUGCGUCCUGAAAAUUUGUGCCAGUUGUAUUGAAACCUCUCCGUUUAGCAACUGAAAGAUCCUGACACUAGACAUUAUGAAAAAAAUCUGAAAAAAA